AUGAACUUAUCGAGAAACAUUCCGAGGCUCGUUGGCAAGGUUGCUAUCGUCACUGGCGGUGGCUCUGGCUAUGGAGAGGGCAUCGCCAAGAGAUUCGCCCAAGAAGGAGCCAAAGUUCUGAUUACCGACCUAAACAAGCGGGGUGGAGAGAGAGUGGUAGAGACCGACCAUGACUCUAUUUCUUUCUUGAAAGCAGAUGUUGGACUUCAAGAAGACUGGAGAAAGGUUAUUGAGACUGCUAAAUCUCGAUACGGGCGGCUCGAUUGUCUCGUGAACAAUGCUGGCGUCACAUAUCACAACAAGCCCACAUCUUCUGUGACCGAAGAGGACUUCGAUAGGUGUUUCCGAGUCAACGUCAAGGGCGUAUUCUUUGGCUCACAGGCCUUCCUUCCGGAGCUGAUCAAACAAGGCGAAGGUGGGACUAUGAUUAACGUGGCGUCAGUUGGUGCUACGAGACCCCGGCCAGGCCUCGUCUGGUAUAAUGCUUCCAAAGGUGCAAUCUGGAACGCAACUAAGGGCUUGGCUGCGGAAUAUGGCGCACACAAUAUCCGCAUCAACUCGGUCUGUCCCCUUCUUGGCGGAACUGGCUUAUUUGAAGCUUUCUCUGGACAGCGAGACACGCCGGCUAAUAGGGAAAGAUUCAUCGGCAAUGUACCAUUACAGCGGCUUUGCAAGCCAGAGGAUGUUGCUGGCGCUUGCUUGUUCCUUGCGUCGGACGACAGCAAAUUUAUUACUGGUAUCAAUAUGGAGGUUGAUGGAGGCAGAGCCAUCUGA